AUAAUAAUAAAAAAGUAUUGAAAUCCAAUAAACACACCAACAAACCAACAAGCACGCACCAGAUUAGAAAGUGCACCUGUUUAUAACGAAAAACAAAAAAAAAAAACAUAAUAAUAACAGAAAAAAGCAACAAUUAUUAAUAACUUCCUAAACAAUCUACUGGCAACAAUUCUGCAUAUAAACGUUAUCUAUGGUUAAGGUUCGAAUAUUUUAAAUCGCCCACUGGCAAGAAUAUGAGAGUUACCCGGGUAUUUUUAUGAUAAAGAAAAGACGUUGACUAUAUAUGUACCUAUAUUAUUGAUAACUUAAAAAAAAAUAUUAUAAAAAAUUUAUAAAGAGAAAAACUAAACCGUCAAUAUUAUUUGCAAAACGAUUUAGACUUUGAAAAAUUCUAUAUAUUUUAACUGAUAACAAAAAUAUAUAUAUAUAAAUAUUUAUACGUUGAAAUAUAAAAAAGUUAGAAAUGAACCUUUGACAGUUACGGAAGAACCAAACUAAUAAUAAGCGAGAAAUUCAGUGCAAGUGGUCUAAAUCGUGGAAGAACAAAGAGCAAAACAAAGGGAGUCAAGUCAAGUGAAAUCAAGACAGCUUUAAACAAUAACAACAACAAAUAUAUGGUUGCGUCGUCAUUUUUAUAUAGAUAAAUACAUAUAAAUAUUAUAAUAUUACGAAUUAAUUAUUUACGAAAACACAACAACAAAUCCCCAAUACAAUGACAGCGGCCGAAACAUAUGGAAAUGCAAAUUUCAACUCGAAUAUAACAACAAAUAAUCACAACAGUCUACCAGCGACUAUACAGGGAAACUCUUCAAAUCCUGCUGAUACCCCCAUAGAAUUAACCGAAAAUUUCUAUAUUAAUAAUCACAACAAAAAGAGAAACAAUUUAAAAAUACAAGUACAACUAAAUGGUAGUGGUAUUUUCUUGAGAAGAGAAACUGAAGAUCAUGAUCAAAUUACUGAACAAUUAAUACGUCUAGAGGAUAUAGUGGGCAGUCAUUGUGGUGGUAAAUUAAAAAGACGCGCCCGAGGAGGUUUGAGUUCUUGCAAACGUCUUGAUGAAGACGAAGAGCAACAUCAGAGUGAAAAUUCAUCGGCCAGGGAACAAAAAGAUAUAUCAGCCUAUUUGUAUAUUUAUGCCUAUUUGAGGAAAGACAAGCCCCUGAGGCGCAUGAGAACGGUGAGAAUUCUACGUUUUCGUUCAUUUCUAAAAUACGAGGAAAAUUUAAAAUCUGCCGAACGUUGGCGUGAUGCCAUUAAAUUUAAUAAAAGUUUAGAGGAACAAGGUAUUGCAAUGGAACCAAAACCUUUGUUGAUAUUAUUAAAUCCCAAAUCGGGCAAGGGCAAGGGAAGGGUAAUGUUUCAAAAGCAAAUGGCUCCGGUGCUGAAGGAAGCUGAGACACAAUAUGAACUAGUGGUGACCACCCAUGCCAAUUUUGCACGAGAAUUUGUGAAACAACGCAAAGAUUUAGCUCAAAAAUAUUCCGGAAUUGUGGUGGCCUCAGGAGAUGGUUUACUAUUUGAGGUUAUUAAUGGCAUAAUGGAGAGACCCGAUUGGAGGGUUAUAAUGCGACAAUUACCUGUGGGAAUUAUACCUUGUGGUUCUGGUAAUGGUUUGGCUAAAAGUAUAGCAUAUCUCUACAAUGAACCGUAUGAACCUAAACCAAUUGUAAAUGCCACCUUGACUUGUGUUUCCGGUCAAUGGGCUCCAUUAGAUGUGGUAAGAGUGGAACUUAAAAAAGAAAAUUAUCUUUCGGAAAUGUAUUCUUUCCUCUCUAUCGGUUGGGGCAUAAUAGCUGAUAUUGAUAUAGAAAGUGAAAAAUUAAGAUCUAUUGGAGCGCCUAGAUUUACCUUAUGGUCUAUACAUCGUUUAGUACGCUUGAGAACCUAUAAGGGAAAGGUUUCCUAUUUGCCUUGGCGUAAACCUGAGAAUACUUUAGUGGUGGAAAUGAGUAAUGAAAAGCAAACUAAUGGAGGAAAGCCUUCUAUAUUAAGACGUUUUAAAGAUGCUCAAGAUGAUGAGGUAGAAGAGUUUGCUGAUGCUGUGGGAGAUGAUAUAGACAUAGACGACGAUGAUUUUGCAGAUAUUAUCAGUUAUAAAACCAACAUAGACAGUUGGCAUUCGGCAGUGUCACGUAGAACAGCUUAUUAUUCCAUAGCGGGUCAAAGUAUUCGCUCAAAUCGCAGUGUUACCAAUAGUAUUUUCAGUAAAAUUGAACAAGCUAAUGCUGAGUUUAAUACUCGAGCUCUCCAAUCAAGCAUACCACCUUUGGAUAAUCCUUUACCCGAGGAAUGGCACUCGGAACAGGGAGAAUUUGUUUUAGUGCAGGCAGCUUAUACCACACACUUAGCUACCGAUUGUCUCUUUGCUCCCGAUUCAAAAUUAAAUGAUGGCAUUAUCUAUUUAGUUAUCAUACGAGCUGGCAUUGCACGAUCCCAACUAAUGCAAUUUUUACUGAAUAUGAGUUCAGGUUCUCAUUUAUCUGAAGCACCCACUACUCAUAUACAAGUUAUACCAGUGACAGCAUUUCGUAUAGAACCAGAAGAUGAAGAAGGUAUUAUAACGGUAGAUGGUGAACGUGUGGGUUAUGGCGCCAUACAAGCUGAAAUAUUUCCGGGUCUAAUGAAAAUAAUGGUGCCAAAUGUACCGAAGGAGUGAUGAGGUUGUUUUUGAUUCUUAGUUUUAAAAAGUUAAUAAUAGUAAGAUUUUACUUUUAAGUUUAAGUUAAACAUGUUUUUAUAUCUCAAAAGAAAAUUGUGGUUGUUUUAAUAAACGAAAAAGAAUGAUAUACAAAAGAGUAAAAGAUCUUUUUAAAUAAA